AGCCUCGUGACGUAAUCUUACAGCGACGCGAUGACGUCACCGAACCGGGUUGACUCAUCCGCAGCUUGUAGCGCGAACGUCAUCGGUGUAAACAUCGCGUGACGUCACGUCAGUGAGCUCACGCGCUCCCGAUAGGUUUUGGGUUUUGUUUUUUUUUGGCGCGAAAAGUUGCGAGGAGCGCGCCGCCGCCGCCGGACUCCAGCGCUGCAUACUGCUGCUGCUGCUGUCAAUUGCUAUGGGCGGGUCGCCCGUGGAUCUUCAGGAGGUGACGGCACUGAACGUUCAGGCGCUGCGCAGGCUGCACCAGGCGGUGUUCCCCGUGCCCUAUGGGGAGGCGUUCUACCGGCAUGCGCGCAGAGCUGGCCCACUUGCCCGCGCCGCGUACGUGCAGGGUGCGAUGGUGGGUUCCGUCUGCUGCCGAUGGGACACGAGUGAGGAUCGCCGCCGCCUGUACAUCAUGACGCUAGGCACGCUGCCCACCUACAGGCGUCUUGGCAUUGGCAGUGCCCUACUGCGCUACGUGCUGGGAUUGUGCGAGGCGGAGUGUGGGGAGCGGGUGGUGAGCUCCGUCUACCUACACGUGCAGGUUGGAAACGAGGAUGCUCUGUGCUUCUAUGGCCGCUUUGGGUUCCUUGUCAAGGGAAAAGCUUGCGGAUACUACCCUCGCCAGCAGCACGCCGACGCCUGGGUGCUGGAGAGGACGCUCACCGACUCAUGAUGCCAGGCGGGGUGACGGGGGCGCGCACAGUGAGGAGGCCGUCACGCGUCAGGGAGGAGGUGACACUCUCUGGGUCGGUGCAGUCGGGGAGGCGGUAGCGACGGUGCAGCUCCCGAGACACCAGCGCCUGCCCGUCCUACCGCGACGCGGGGGAAUGAGAGGGGUCGCGCGGGGAGCGCACGGAGACGUGAGGAGAGACGGGCACUUUUUUUUUGCGAGGGAGACAUAGACGGAGUCGCCUGAGUUGAGGGGUGAUGCUGCUCGCGAGAUAGUGAAGGUGUGAGGUGAGGCACAGUCAGUACUGUAUUGGCAGGGAGAUGCAGGCCCUGUCACUUGGGAGACACGGAGACACGGGCAGUAUCACUUUGGAGACGCAGGAAGACAGGGAGUAUCACUCGGGAGACAGGAAGAUACGGGCAGUAUCACCAGGGAGACACGGGAAGUAUCAAUCGGGAGACUUGACCAGGGUGUUUGUGGUCAGUUCAUUUGAAUGGGAGAGGGUGUCAGUGGGUGUGCGCGGGUGUGUGACUGAAUGUGUGUGCACAUAUGUUCAUUUCUUACAUCACGAGGGUUUGAGCUUAGCCCAUGUGAUAGUUAAUUAUAUACUUUUUUAUGAAAAUAAAAUAAUUGCCUAUAAAU